GAAGUAAAGCGUGUCGGCGAUAUCAUGUUCGGCCUGGCUACCCAAUGCGUUCAGUCUAAGAAUGUCAACAAGACAUCGCCACAGACUUUAUCUAAUCUUUGUCUGAAAAUCAAUGUCAAGCUGGGCGGUGUCAACUCAAUUCUAGUUCCCAGCGUCCGCCCCGCCGUCUUUAGGGAGCCCAUCAUCUUCCUCGGCGCAGACGUUACACAUCCGCCAGCUGUUGCUUGGCGUCCUUUUUUAUAUAUUCCAUUCCUUACUAUUAAUGAAUCCUAUUUACAUUUUCCCCUUCAAUCCUACUUAUCGUUCCUGAAUCUUUUAUUUGUUCAAUCUAUUUUUUCGAUGUAUCAUUGUUUGCUCUCUGCUCUUCUCUCCUGGUCUGGGACAGGCGACAGAUCUAAACCGAGCAUUGCGGCAGUUGUUGCGAGCAUGGAUGCACAUCCGAGUAGGUACUCGGCAACUGUGCGUGUCCAGUCACAUCGUCAAGAGGUAAUCCACGAUUUGGCUGGCAUGGUGCGCGAUCUUCUGCUUCAAUUCUAUCGGUCGACUCGCUUUAAACCCACUCGCAUUCUUUAUUAUCGCGACGGGGUUUCUGAGGGACAAUUUGCUAAUAAUCGGCUAUCAUAA